GCCCUAGGCAGCAGAGCAGCCCCGCGCUAGCCCCGGCUUCGUUGCAGCCCGCAGCCCGGUGCGAGCGUCCCGCAGAGCGGCCGCGCGGGAGACCCGCCCCGGCGGAGAUCAACGCUGCUUUGUCUGGGACGCCUACACCUCGGAGGCAGCUCCCGGGGCCGGCGAAUGGGAGCGCAGCGGCGCGGGCCCCAGCCGGGCUGAGAUAAGCGGCCAUGUGACCCUACCUGUCGCGGGGGAGGGGCCGCAGGUGAGCGGUGGAGUGCGGAGCUCGGCACGCGGCGGCCGCGGGGCUCGGCAGGCAGCAUGUCGGUCAGCAGAAAGGACUGGUCAGCGCUGUCCAGCUUGGCCCGGCAGCGGACUUUGGAGGACGAGGAGGAACAGGAGCGUGAACGCAGGCGGAGGCACCGCAACCUGAGUUCAACCACGGACGAUGAAUCUCCAAAACUCACCCAGAAUGGAGCUCAGAGAUCUGUGGAGAGGCUUCCCAGUGUGGAGGAAGCAGAGGUCCCCAAGCCAUCACCUCCAGCCUCCAAAGAUGAAGAUGAAGACUACCAGGCCAUCCUUAGGUCGAGGAAGGAGCGGAGACAGAGGCGGCAGGUGGUAGAGGCUGUCCAGAAUCCAGUGCAGGAUGGGCAACAGGCAGAAGAGGACAGGGACAGCCCAGGCCCUGUGCAGACCUUGCCACAGCCCCUUAAGAAGAAAGUGGAGCCCCUGCCUCGCCGGAGACUGAGCCGGGAACAGCGAGGCCCUUGGGCCCAGGAAGAAGAGAGCCAAAAGAGCAGAGAGCUUGGGGGAGGGGAAAAGGAGCUUUCCGAGGAGCCUGUGGCUCAGCCGAAGUCCUCGGUCUCUGAGAAACCCUCUGUUCCAGAGAAGACUCCGGUGCCUGCCAAGAGACUGGUUUCGGAGAAAGCCUGCCCCUCCGAGAAGGGGACAGCCACAGAGAAAGCAUCCCCGACUGAGAAGAGUCACGGCCCAGAGAAAUUGGUUCCGGAAAGAACAAGUGUGUCCAAGAAGUCACCAGUCCCUGAGAAGACAGCAGCCCCAGAGAAAAGAUCCACUGUGGUUCUAGAAAAAGCCGUCGUCUCUGAGAAGAUUCAAGAGAGGAGGCUGGUGUCAGAGAAGGCGUCCAUCUUUGAGAAGUCGCUAGUCUCAGAGACAAAGCUGACUCCAAAGAAGUCAGUGUCAGAGCUGCCCCAGGCCCCCGGGGGAAGCCAGGCCACUGCAAGGGAGCCUAGAGGAAGGGCCCUCCCCGCGAAGAGCCCUCUGCCACCUCCCUCUACAGAGCAGGGCACACCAGACCCUCCAACUAAGGCGUCUCGCUUCCCGCCCAUCACACUCCAGGUGAAAAUUCCCAGCAAGGAUGAAGACGCAGACACGCCUUCGCCUACCCUGCUCACCUACAGCAGUUCCCUCAAACGUUCCAGCCCCAGGACUAUCUCCUUUCGGAUGAGCCCCAGGAAAGACAACUCAGAAGCAACCUUAACCCGCAGUGCCAGUGUGAGGCUGCCGGCUAGCACAAUCAAGCUGGGAGAGAAACUGGAGAGAUACCACACAGCCGUCCAGAGGUCAGAAUCCAUCAGGUCUCUAGGCUCCUCCCGCACUGAGGUCCUUGUGACUCCUGCCGGUGUAGCCAGCAAGCGCCAUCUCUUUGAGAAGGAGCUGGCAGGCCAGAACCGUACGGAACCAACCUCCACCCGAAAGGAGAAUCUACGUCUGUCAGGAGUUGUGACAUCAAGACUUAACCUGUGGAUCAGCAAGACCCAGGAUUUGGGAGACCACGGCCCUCAGGAGAUACGGAAGGAGGCAGCAGUCACCAAGAGGGCUCAAUGGGGAAACAAGUCUGCUACCUCCCUGGAUGCAGAGGUGUGACAAGCUCUGUCAGGACAGACCUGCAAACUCACAUCUCAAGGGCUUCUCUUCAUGCUGGCCCCUGCCCUGCAGCACGCCUGAUUCUUCCGUCCCCACUUCCUUUCUGCCUCUGGGAGAGUUUGGUCAGGGCCCUUGGGGGCCAGGAACAGGAUUGACAUUCCUCCAGUCCCUCCUCAGCCCAGCCUGGGGGCAGAUGUGAUCUGGCACUUCCUUGUCCCGCUGCAGGCCUAACACAUCCUGAACCCAAAGGGCACAGCAGGCCAUGGAGUCUCCGUGACCUCUCUAGAGACCCCCCUACCUCCUGCUCACCUCCUGCUGGGUUAUUUUGCCAGCUUCAGAAUUCUCUCUUGCCUGCUCUCUGCGGGGUACUCUGUAUGCCCGCGAUGGCCCCACAGGGACCUAAGUCCUGGACCUAGUCACUGCUCCCUGAGGCUUUUUCAAGUCAAACUGGAAAGGAGUUACCAGGCAUUGCCCACGCACUGCAUCUUCCUGCUUUGUGAUUUGUUCCCUCCCACUCUGCUGCCCUGAUCGGGAACUCUGUGCCUUUUUGUGUUACCACAUGCCUUCCUCUCACUCAGAAAAACCUUUUCUCAGGAAUGGUCUGAUAAACUCAUUGGCUCUCAGGCACACUUGGCUG